GCUCAGCAGACACUAGUCGUGCUGGAACUGGCUUCGCGAGAGCUAUAUUGUAUUUUAGUGCGGGUCUCGUUCACCACAAUGGACGAGGUCAAUUAGUGUCAGUGAUUGGAUUGUCUUGAAAUAGUUGUCAACAUGAGAAAAGACAUUAAGAAAUCGUCGUAUUAUGUGUGGUUUUUGGGCGCGCAAGAAGCCAAGGGUUUGCGAGGCGCCGAGUUUAUAACUCCCGUAGUUCGCAACCUGGUGGAAAGGGAACGAGAUGUUGAGCCUUUCAAAGUGACCCUACAAAUCAGUCAUAAGGGUUUAAAAAUAGUGCAGAAUGUGCCAAAUACAGGUGGAUUUAGUGCAACGCCGAAGACAUCUGCUGGGAAAAAGGGGGAACUGGUUAAACACUUCAUUCCACACCAUGCGGUCACUUGCGUGCUACAGGACGAAGAUAUAGUCGCGUGUAUUUUGUUGUUGUACAAUCCUGUCACCAAGUGUCCCGUACACGUGCAUGCCUACCGCUGCGAUUCGGUCGAGACAGCGUCCGUGUUGAGCACGCAGCUGCAGACGCUUACUGACAGACCCGACAACCAGAAGAAGCUGGCAGAGCUGGAAGCGAAAGGCCUGCUGCAGCCGCCUCCAAACAGAACAAACAGUACCAGUGCCGAGUCGUCGUCCGGACGACCAGUCAGUUUGUAUGACAGUGUGGCGGCCGAACUGCGCGACAAACUGGGCAGCGCUCAACCGCCAAUUCUGCUGCCUCCGCGCGACUACGACACUGUGCACCGACAAAAGGGUAACUUGUCCGACAUUGAUAAGCGACGGUGUCUCAACUUGAACAUAGUCGGCAUGAAUGCCAAGUCAACCCGGCCCAACAAGGCAGCCAAGGUUGGCUCAAGUGGCUCGAGGGGCUCCAGUGGCAUUGGCUCCGACCACGCACCUAGUCCCGACCACGAAGCCGACCUGGCUCGAUUUUUGGACAACCAUUCUACUUCAGAUGAGGAGUGGAAUUGUGAUCCAGCAAAGAAUCAGUCUCUGUUCUUGAUGCAAUCGAACUGGAAAGGGGUGGAAGCGGAGCUAUCGCUGCCCCGUCCGCGCAUGACCGACGCUCCUGCAGAUCAUUACCAUCCGGAAGCUAGGAGUCAUCACCUUCCCCUGGUAACGAGGAGUCAUCAUUCCCCGCAGGACACGAGAAGCCAUCACGUAUCCCAGGACACGAGAGGUCAUCAUGUCCCUCAGGAUACAAGAAGCCAUCAUGUCUCUCAGGACACGAGAACCCAUCAUGUUCCUCAAGAUAUGAGAACUCAUCAUGCCUCACAAGACACAAGAACUCAUCAUGCCUCACAAGACACAAGAACUCAUCAUGCCUCACAGGACACAAGAACUCAUCAUCCUUCACCUCAGGACACAAGACCUUAUCACCCUCCCCAGGACAACAGAAGCGCUGUCAAUCAGGAGACCAGAAACCAUCUGAGAUUGGACCUGGAAGCGGCUCUCUCCAACCAGCGAAGAAGGCGGAACGCCGAAGAGAGACAGCGCUCUCCCUCUCCCUCACUGCCACCUGAUACUCCUCGUGAAAGAUUCAACGACGCCAAGGAGAAGUUCCUUCUUCUCGAAAGGGAACGCCUUGAAGAACAAGAGCGUCAAGUUCAACUCCUCAACUCUGAACGACGGCGACAAAACGUUGAGCCACCCAUUUCGCCCUCUGUAAUGCCCGUCGUUUAUCAGAGGUCGAAGCCGUCUAGCAGCUGGUCUGUGAGCAGGGACUCGGAAGAGGAUCAUCAAGACGGCCACGGUCGCCUCACUAAAGAUCGUUACUAUGAUGACGAUGAUGAUGACUAUGAUAAGAAUAUGAAAUAUUUGGAGGAAAGAGAUCGACCGUCUGUGAUUAGACGCGAAUCAAUGUACCGAAAGGUGCGAUCACGCGACAGUAUUGAUUCGGAGGAGUACAAUUCGAGACAUCAACAGAAUCGACUGAUCUAUCCGAGUCGUGAAGACUCGCGAAGAAAUACGUGUGUAAGUCCUACACAGAGAAGUAGUGACAGAUACUCGUCUCAAGAUAUUCACAGGAGCUACAACACGCCGAGUCCGCCACUGGAGCAGACUCCAACCAGUCCUCAACCACGGAUGGCACCUCGCCACAGCCAGCGAUCACCCAACAGAAGUGACAACAUCCCCCUGGAGCGCUAUCGAAGCCCCACUAGAAUGCCAAGGCCUGCUCCCAGGAACCAACGGUAUCCUUCUCCAACCGAGUCUGAAAAGAAAAAACCCGUCUAUGAGUUGAUGGAAGAUGAGAGGCGACGCAGCUCCAACGAAUUGGCCAAGGAAUUCAAACGACGCUCCUAUCAAGAACUCGACGAUCACGAGCGCUAUCCCGGCCUGGACAGAGAAACUGCGGCAGUCGCUUCUGCCAAUGCUAAUUCCAACGCAGCUGCUAGGGUGCACAAUGAUGAAAACACACCUAGGUAUAGACAUAGCUAUGCUGAGUACCAUGGUAUGAAGCACGAACUUCUCCACAGAACAAACAGCUCUGUGUCUUCUGGACGAGUAGGAAUUGCCGCUAUACAUCCUUAUUGACAAACAUAAAAUAAAGCUAUCUCCCCUAAUCCCUAGAAUACUUAUUUUGAAUAACGUGUCCAACUAAUGGAUGUUGUGUUUCAUCUUGAGUGAGAAUAAGUCAUUCACGAGCUCAAUCUCUAAAAUCUCGAAUAGUAAUGAUACUUCGAAUCAAGAUGAACCCAGUAUUUUGUUAAUGUACUCAAUAUAUAUCAAUGUUCUCCCAUUCAAUUCUUCAAUAUGAUUGUACUGUACUAUAAGUUUGAUAAACAUUAUGUAAUUGGAUUGAUAGUUCAAUCUAUCCUGAAAUAUAUCGAAUAUGUCGAGAUAAUAUUGAAGAAGUAUCCUGCUUAGAACCAAGUGUGCUAACUUAUUACAUAUUAUAGUGAAUGGAUCCAAAUUUCUCUUGAAUUAAUUAAGGAGAUAUGAUAUUCUAAUAUUUCAGUAGAGCCUUGCUUAAAAAAUUGGAAUCAGUAAUCCUCUGAAUUGUAACAAUAUAGAAUACGAGAUUAUGUGUUUUGGAUUAUCCUAAUAAUCCUUCCUGAAACAAUAUAAAUUGUGGAAACAAAUGUGUAGAUUCAGUGCUCUAGAUCUAUCUUGCUAAAAAGAAGCAUAAGUGAUUUAUAAACAUGAUACAUUAUCCGCCCCUCUAUUUGUGAUACAUUUGUGGCAUACAAAACUAUGUGUUCCAGUACUCCCGAAUCUAACCUGGAAUAAUAUAAUGAAUGUGUUAAUUAUUCAGUGGCGCCAUUUCACUAAACUGCUAGGGGGGGGCGAAAACCAUGUGUUAUGAGGGGGGGGGGGGAAAGGAAUACCCCAAAGGAUAGAGGGUUCUAGGUUUUCCCCCAUAAAUUUUACAUUCGAAGAUGUUAUUAUAUGCUUCAUUUCUCCAGUCUUAUACAAAUGUGGUUGAGGUAUCAAUACAAACAUAUACAUUAUUAGUUAUUUAAUCAUGGAAUAUUUAUAAGAAAUAUAACCCUUAAGAGAGACCCUAAAGUAGGAAUACACUGAAACAGAUUUCUUAAAAAUCAUGGAAACAUAUAAUUUUUCUUUCACAAUGAAAAUUUCAACAAUUUCAUUAGGGAUCAUAUUCUAAUUGGAAAAAUAACUUUCAGUUGGAAAGCUAAAGAAACAUUAAGCUGUUUCUUAAUGUUUUUUUGUUUUUUUUAUUAAUUCUCACCAACUCUGUAAACAUGCAUUAAUGAUUGUCUGAUUGUGCCCUUUCUUUUGCUUUCACUGUGACAUCUUGCAACUUGUUAAUUCUCACGUUGAAAUUUAUGCAAUAACUCACUUAUUGUGCCCUCAUCAAUAAUUGUACCCAUUCUAUAUUUAAGCUUCAACUAUACCACACAGAAAAAUAUAUUCUUUAUUACUCCGUACCCGUAGCCAUUCUUUCAAGGUAAUUUCGCUACAUUGUUGAUACUGUAGAAGAAAUUAUACUACUGCUGUUUAAAAAAAGUAUUGAAUCGGUGUGAGAUUCUAAGGAUUCGUGUAGAUAGACCCGAAUUUUCAUUAUUUAUCUGAUCUUUGGGGGGGGCCUAGGCCCCCUCUGCCCCCCCCAUAAAUGGCGCCCCUGUAACUAUUAUAGGUACAUCCUGCUUGAUAAUUUGAGUGCUUAAUGUGAGAAGUGAAUUCAGAGACCUGUAAAAGGUCCAGUCUACAUGCCUAUGUGAACCAGUCAAUCCCAGUCCAUCCCCUGUGUUGUUUCAGUGUUGUAGAUAUUUGACUGCUAGCUAUAAAUUUUAUCAAAAGUAAAUUCAUUAGCCUACUGAACUUGAAUAGUCAGGUGUUAUAUCGCAUUUAUUUCAUUCCAUUUAUUCAUAGAAAAUAGAUACAAUGCAGGUAAAAACAACAGGCAUUCGCCCAAAACUGUUUUAAACCUUAACUUGGAAUACACAGUCUAGAGGUUAUGUAAAUGAUAAAUUAAUUCACACACUAUUUUGAGUCCAAAAAAUGUAUGUACUACAAUAAUUUUGAAUUUUUCAGAUUAAUUAAUUUCAAAAAUUAAAUUUUAAUGCUCUAUUUGAAAGAGUAACCUCAUAAGAAUCGAUGUUGCAAGAAAAUAUGUGUUAUACUUUAUAGAAGUAUCCGCAAAUCUAGAAACGGAAAUUCCGCUCUACAAUAUUAUAGUUGAUGGUCUACAGUGGACAUGCAUUCAGUUUAAAAAUUGAGAUCCGACGUCGAAUUCCUACCAGUGAUUGACUAUAAUUCUUCCUUACUUGUGCCUCGAACUUGGAAUAAGAUAAGUCCUUAAUAUUAGUACUGAGUCUUGAGCAUGCAACUUUAGAUAUAGGUUAGCGUCGAAUAUAGUUCAACAUACAUUAAUAGUUUAUAAUAUUCAAUUAUAAUGUUUAUAACAAUUUUUUAUUUCUAUGCUCUCGAUCCUGAACUAGUCGAGAAAAAGGCGGUAUUAUGAGGACGGUAGGGACAAUUUAAUUCUAGUGUGAUAAUUUACUGUACUUACUCAUCACAAAAAUGUUUAAUAUUGUAAAAUUCUACUUAUGAUUCUUUCAAUUUGAAACUAUGAUUUUUGUCUCAGUGCAUGUCCACCGUAUAUCUAUGUUGAAAGACAUGUAUAUGUCGUGAUUCAUAUGUAACCUUCAUUACCAUGCAAACGUGUGUUGAUGGUAGAAAGUGAUGGAAUUCGUUUUUAUCAAGAUAUUUAAGAGGCAAUACUGUAUUGAUUAUUAAUUGUUCAGAUGUCAAUAAGCUGAAUAAAUAACUGUUAUAUAUGAAUCAA